AUGAAAAUUAUCGUUUGCUUGUUGGCUCUCAUUGUAGCCGUAUCAGCAGGAGCCAUUGGUGGUUGGGGUGGCAGUUAUGGAGGCUAUGGACACGGUGCUGGCUACGGAUACGGAGGCGGCUGGGGAGGACAUGGAGGAUACGGUGCUGGUCUUGUAGGAUAUGGCGGAGGUUGGGGAGGACACGGUGGAUGGGGCGGCCGUGGAUGGGGAGGUGCAGGUUAUGGCGGAUGGGGUCAUGGUGGAAGCUGGGGACAUGGUGGACAUGGCCAUUGGUAA